GUUGCUGGUUCCCUGUUGCAUUGCAUGACAAGCUACAUCUGAAAUCUUGUCAUUUACCCAACCAUUAAAGGUACAGCUGCUCUCUUCUCUUCAGCUUUUAAUCCGGUGAUCCUACAGAAUGGUGCUUUAUUAGCACUAGUCCAGGCCAUGAGAAGAAUUCAUCCCAUGGAACCCAGUUGAUGAGGAUACCACUGUAGCUCUCUGAGAGAUGUAUAAAUAUCAUGCCCCUUUCUCCCCCCAGAAAAGAAGCAGCUGUCCCUCGUCUUGCAGCAAUGGGUAAAGAUAAGAAGACAGACAGCAAAAAGGGAGAGAAGUCUUUGCCUCCGCCGGCGCAUGACGCUGCUCUUGACGCUGGCAGUUCCAUACAGACCAUUCUGCCAGCUGCAAAUCAAGCGGAUGAACAACUGGAAGCUCCCUUGGUUUUCAAGGAAGAACUGAAGAAGCCAGAAGCACUUCCAGUCCCAGAACCCAUUGAGUAUGAGGAGCCUGUCCUCACUCAACUCAUUGUGGAAAGCUAUGAAGGUGAAAAAGUUCAUGGAUUAUAUGAGGGAGAAGGAAUGGCAUGUUUUCAAGGGGGCAAUGUUUUUAAG